GCGAAGUCCCCCGUUCCCUCUGCCCGAGUCUCUUCCUCUGAAGCGGUCACCAGUGUGUGGAGCCUGCCCCACACCCAUCACCUGCCAAACCACGGCCUUUACCUGUGUCUUCCGGUGUUUCCCGUGCGACCCGUCCUGCGGGAGUGCCUCCUGGGCCACCCCAGAAUUCACGCAGCGCUCAGUGGCUCCAAUGGUGAAGAUGACAAGGUCCAAGACUUUCCAGGCAUAUCUGCCUUCGUGCCACAGGACCUACAGCUGCAUUCACUGCAGGGCUCAUCUUGCCAACCAUGAUGAGCUCAUUUCCAAGUCCUUCCAAGGAAGCCAAGGACGAGCGUACCUCUUCAAUUCAGUAGUUAAUGUGGGUUGUGGCCCUGCAGAGGAGCGGGUGUUAUUAACAGGAUUACAUGCAGUUGCAGAUAUUUACUGUGAAAACUGCAAAACCACACUGGGUUGGAAAUAUGAACACGCUUUUGAAAGCAGCCAGAAGUAUAAAGAAGGCAAAUACAUCAUUGAACUAGCUCACAUGAUCAAGGAUAAUGGCUGGGAUUGAAUGGAAAGAGCCCAGCCCUACCAGCGUGUAAGAGAAUGCCAUCCAACCGAACAUUAUAUCCAAGAGUGAGAGAGUGACUGAACGCUUGGUUCCAUGCAUUUAGAGGCUCUGCAGUUUGGGAGCAUCUUCACACCCUUCUCCAUCUUUAUUGGUGACUGGCCUCUAAAUUUCUGUCUCUCUGUCUCUUUGCUUUGUAUCUGUUUGUGAGUUGACCCUGGCUGCUUCUCUCUCUGUUCUGGCGUUGGCUAAGAGAAUGCACCGAAUGCCCGACAGCCAUUCCAUGUUGACGAAUGUUUAAGUACAAACUGAAGUUGGCUCUGUGGUGGCAUUUUAUCAGAAGGUCUCGGUGCGGGAGGAAGACCCGAGUUUUGGGCAGGAGAAGGUGAUAGGGGGUGGGGAGUGGGCCCAAAGGGAAGUCAUCAGAAGUUGAAACUACUUUUCCUUUAAGUCCUGGUUAACCAAGGCUUGAAACUAUCUACUUGUCUAAAUGGACAGAAAAAUACCUCACGGCUGCGUUCUCUCCGAAUUGUAAAACCGCUGCUCCAUCGGUGGAGCUUCAGUCUAAGCCGGCUGAGCACAAGUCAUAAUCAGUUCUCCCCGCAAGCUAAUCGCAAUUCUGUGUUUUGUUUGCCAUUUAUGAACUUGUUGUUUGGGGGGGGGAGGACCUGAAGGCUGGAGAGAUUCCCUGCCUCUCCUUUUUCUCGCUGUUUCAGGGUAGGUAGGCCAAAUGUUCCAACAGAGCACAGCUGUGGGGAGCAUCCACACAGCUGGAGAAACCAAAUCCUGACUCCUGAGCCCUUCAGAGAGGAGGAGAAAACCACUUAAGGCACAAGGGGGCUGGAGCUGCAGCUUAGAAGAUAUGACGGGGGGGAAAAACGGCACGUGCUAGGCAAGAAAGAGGAAAUUAUGUAGAGGAGGAUGGGGACAAACUUAGUAACACAGGGGACCCCUUGAUUUCCUGGCCGCCACUGAGCAUCCUUGGGGGUCUUUUACCA